AUGGAGGAAGGUGGUGAUUUUGACAACUACUAUGGGGCGGACAACCAGUCUGAGUGUGAGUACGCAGACUGGAAGUCGUCGGGGGCCCUCAUCCCUGCCAUCUACAUGCUCGUCUUCCUCCUGGGCACCACGGGCAAUGGCCUGGUGCUCUGGACCGUGUUUCGGACCAGCCGUGAGAAGAGGCGCUCGGCCGACAUCUUCAUCGCCAGCCUGGCGGUGGCCGACCUCACCUUCGUGGUGACCCUGCCGCUGUGGGCCACUUACACGUACCGGGACUACGACUGGCCCUUCGGCACCUUCUCGUGCAAACUCAGCAGCUACCUCAUCUUCGUCAACAUGUACGCCAGCGUCUUCUGCCUCACCGGUCUCAGCUUCGACCGCUACCUGGCCAUCGUGAGGCCGGUGGCCAACGCUCGGCUGAGGCUGCGGGUGAGCGGGGCAGUGGCCACGGCGGUCCUGUGGGUGCUGGCCGCCCUCCUGGCCAUGCCCGUCAUGGUGUUCCGUACCACCGGGGACCUGGAGAACAGCACCAAGGUACAGUGCUACAUGGACUACUCCGUGGUGGCCCCCUCCAAUUCGGAGUGGGCUUGGGAGGCGGGCUUGGGGAUCUCAUCCACGGCUGUGGGCUUCGUGGUGCCCUUCACCAUCAUGCUGACCUGCUACUUCUUCAUCGCGCGAACCAUCGCCAGUCACUUCCGCAAGGAACGCAUCGAGGGGCUGCGGAAGCGGCGCCGGCUGCUCAGCAUCAUCGUGGUGCUGGUGGUGACCUUCGCGCUGUGCUGGCUGCCCUACCACCUGGUGAAGACGCUCUACAUGCUGGGCAGCCUGCUUCACUGGCCCUGCGACUUUGAUCUCUUCCUCAUGAACCUCUUCCCCUACUGCACCUGCAUCAGCUACGUCAACAGCUGCCUCAACCCCUUCCUCUACGCCUUCUUCGACCCCCGCUUCCGCCAGGCCUGCGCCUCCAUGGUGUGCAGGGACUCGCUCCACGGCGGCAGCGGGGAGAAGUCGGGCAGCUACUCUUCGGGGCACAGCCAGGGGCAUGGUCCCAACAUGGGCAAGGGCGGAGAGCAGACGCAGGAGAAGUCCAUCCCUUAUAGUCAGGAGACGCUGGUGGUGGACUAG